AUGGGAGAACCUGAGCCAUAUGAAGCAUUAUCAUAUUGUUGGGGUGAUGCCAUUUGCAAGGUUCCAAUAACGGUCAAUGGCAAGAGAUUCGAUGUCAUCACCAAUCUCUUUGCUGCCAUGCAGAAGCUGAAGGAGACGGAUAACGAUAAUGACGAGAAGAAGAGUAAAGAGAUGCUAGUCAUGCGUGAUGUCUAUAAGAAGACUGAAAGGUGUUUGUUCUGGCUUGGGGAGUUCGAGGAUACCAAACCUGUGGCCACUAUCUUCGAUCUGAUACGGAAGGGCAAAGAAUUACAGUGUGCAUCUGACAUCAAUAAUUUGCCACCUAAGGAUAAAUAUCGCUUCUGGGAGAGUCUUGGACUUCUAGGUAUAGAUAUUUCUGCAUGGGGAAUAGUGGAUAACAUCAUGGCUGCUCCAUGGUGGAAGAGAGUGUGGGUUAUUCAGAAAAUCACAUUCUUGAAAGAAGUCGUGGCAAUCUGCAGAAGUGAGAAGUAG